GGAAGUGCUACGACGUUGUCAGUGACGCUGAAUGUUACACACUACAGUAUCUUUAAUGCCACUGAGGUUUAGCUUUGAGUCUUAUUAUUAUGUCAGUCAUGGAAGAAGACGAGCUGGAAUUUGCCGACGAUUUGGAGGCAAUUCUGCACCUCUCACCAGAAGUGCAACUGGCCAUUGAACAGGUUUUCCCAAGUCAAGAUCCACUGGACAGACCGGACUUCAAUGCUGUAGAAUACAUCAAUACGUUAUUUCCCACAGAACAGUCACUGGCCAAUAUAGAUGAUGUUGUGAACAAGAUCCGCUUGAAAAUAAGGCGACUGGACGAUAACAUCAGAACCGUUGUGAGAGGACAGACGAACGUAGGCCAGGAUGGGCGGCAGGCACUGGAGGAGGCGCAGAAAGCCAUCCAGCAGCUUUUUGGCAAAAUCAAAGACAUCAAGGACAAGGCGGAGAAGUCGGAGCAAAUGGUCAAAGAGAUCACCCGCGAUAUCAAGCAGCUGGACCACGCCAAGCGCCACCUGACCACCUCCAUCACCACCCUCAACCACCUGCACAUGCUGGCCGGAGGGGUGGACUCGCUAGAGGCCAUGACGCGCAAGCGGCAGUACGGAGAGGUGGCUAAUCUGCUGCAGGGUGUUGUGAAUGUGCUGGAGCACUUCCAGAAGUAUAUGGGCAUCCCCCAGAUCCGCCAGCUCUCAGAGAGAGUCAAGGCCGCGCAGAGCGAGCUCGGAACGCAGAUCCUGGCCGACUUCGAGGAGGCCUUUCCCGCUCAGGGCUCCAAGAGACCCGGUGGCCCCAGCAUCGUGCUCCGGGACGCCUGUUUGGUGGCCAACGUGCUGGAUCCCCGCAUCAAGCAGGAGAUCAUCAAGAAGUUCAUUAGGCAGCACCUCUCCGAGUACCUGGUGCUCUUUCAGGAAAACCAGGACGUGGCUUGGCUCGAUAAGAUUGACCGGCGCUACGCCUGGAUCAAGCGGCAGCUGGUGGACUAUGAGGAGAAGUACGGGCGCAUGUUCCCAGAGGAGUGGUGCAUGACGGAGCGCAUCUCUGUGGAGUUCUGCCACAUCACCAGGACGGAGCUGGCCAAGCUGAUGCGAGCUCGUGCCAGGGAGAUCGAGGUCAAGCUGCUGCUCUUCGCCAUCCAGAGGACCACGAACUUCGAGGGGCUGCUGGCAAAGAGGUUCUCUGGCUGCACCCUGACCGACAUUCCUGGGCAGAAGAAGCCUGACACCCCCUUGGACUCCACAAACCCUUUCCUGGAGGACGAGGCCGGGGAGGACACAGCGUUGGAGAAGGAUGAGGAUUUGGACAAGCCUAAGAAGCCCAAGGCCCCUGAUAACCCGUUCCACGGCAUCGUCUCCAAGUGCUUCGAGCCCCAUCUUUACGUCUACAUCGAAUCGCAAGACAAGAACCUCGGGGAGCUGAUCGACCGCUUCGUGGCCGACUUCAAGGCCCAGGGGCCGCCCAAGUCCGGCACGGAGGAGGGCGGCGCGGUGCUGCCCAGCUGCGCCGACCUGUUCGUCUACUACAAGAAGUGCAUGGUGCAGUGCUCGCAGCUCAGCACGGGCGAGCCCAUGAUCGCCCUCACCACCAUCUUCCAGAAGUAUCUGCGCGAGUACGCCUGGAAGAUCCUCUCGGGGAACCUGCCCAAGACGAGCACCAACAGCGGGGGUCUGACCAUCAGCAGCCUGCUGAAGGAGAAGGAGGGCUCCGAGGUGGCCAAGUUCACCGUCGAGGAGCUGUGCCUCAUCUGCAGCAUCCUCAGCACCGCCGAGUACUGCCUAGCCACCACCCAGCAGCUGGAGGAGAAGCUGAAGGAGAAGGUGGACACCACCCUGAUGGAGCGGAUCAACCUGUCCGGGGAGAUGGACACCUUCAGCACGGUGAUCUCCAACAGCAUCCAGCUCUUGGUUCAGGAUCUGGACGCUGCCUGUGACCCUGCGCUGACAGCCAUGAGUAAAAUGCCUUGGCAGAGCGUGGAACACGUGGGAGACCAAAGCCCCUACGUGACGUCCGUCAUCAUGCACAUCAAGCAGAACGUUCCCAUCAUCAGGGACAACCUGGCCGCCACACGCAAAUACUUCACGCAGUUCUGCAUCAAGUUCACAAAUUCAUUCAUCCCCAAGUUCAUCAACCACCUCUUCCGAUGUAAGCCUAUCAGCAUGGUGGGAGCAGAACAGCUCCUGCUGGACACGCACUCAUUGAAAACAGUCCUGCUGGACCUGCCUUCCAUCGGGUCGCAGGUGGUCAGGAAAGCGCCGGCGAGCUACACCAAGAUUGUAGUGAAGGGGAUGACCCGAGCAGAGAUGAUUCUGAAGGUUAUCAUGGCCCCUCACGAGCCAGCCGUGAUCUUCGUCGAUAACUACAUCAAGCUCCUCGCUGACGGGAACCCGGAGACUUUCCAGAAGAUUCUCGACAUGAAGGGUCUGAAGCGCAGUGAGCAGAGCAGCAUGAUCGAGCUCUUCAGGCAGAGGCUGCCGACCCCUCCCUCGGGCAGCGACGGCGCUCCUUCGCUCUCCUUCAGCGCCCCGACGCCGGAGCAGGAGUCCUCGCGCAUCCGCAAGCUGGAGAAGCUCAUCAAGAAGAGACUGUGAACAGACGCGGUGGACACACCGCCACUACGGCUGAUGACCUGCAAACCUCCAAUGCCCCCUGGCCAGCCCGACUCGCCCCUCCCCACCCUCCGGCCUUUGCAUCCCGCUCUUCCCACUGAUGCCUGGUUCUGUGUCCCCCCCUCCGGUUGGCACAGCCUUCCACAUUACUGUUACUUUGGACUUCUCCUGGGAGCCCACAGCGCUAGCUUUGAAGCACUCGUUCUUUUUAGGCUGCCCUGCUUGAGUCAUGGACAUUUGAUUUGAACUAAUCAAGGGCUUCAGAAUCACGUGGCGUGCUCGGUCAGGAGUGCGUUUGAGAAAGCAGAGAUGCGGAACCGCUCAGUGCUGUGGAUCCCUUCCAGUCGGACUUUAAAACAUUGCCAUAUCACCCCCCAGCAGUGGUGGCAUCCACAGCAGCUAGCAACAGCAUCAGACAAGCCUCAGUGUCAUGGACUAGAAUGUAAUGUAAUCACACACUGUAGCUGUACUUUGACUAAUCACUUGCACAUUUGUCGAGAUUUUUUUUUUGGUGGAAGGAGCUUUACUGCCGGGAGUGGGCAGGGAGUUGCUGGCAAAGUCAUGAUUGUGUACAUUUCCUUCCUUGCCUUGAAAUGAGUUUCGUGAUUUUUUUUUUUCUGGUCGUUAAGAAAUGUCCUGUGUUGCAACACGUGUAACUUUAUAAGUGACCUCUGUGUCCUCCGAUCUCUCUAUCACUAAUACCCUUGCUUUCCCAUGCAGUCCGUGUAUGCCAGUCAUCGCUGCGAUUCCUGAAGAAUAUGUUUGCACUUAAGAACAGAAUCGACAGCCAUUAACUGGAAUCGGCCAGAAAAAGAAGCCUGCUGCUACUUGGCUCCAGUCCUUCCGGCUGUGGAGCCUCUCAUCAAAAUGAUUUAGAGGCAACACUUUUAAACGCGUCCCGUCCCCAGCCUCGGCCUCUGCCUCGGCCAGGGCCUCACCCCCCCUCCCCACCCCUUCCACAUGGCCCUGCUCUGGUUCUCACCGCCGUGGAACUUGUAAUCAGCAAUGCUGGGAGAUGGCCCUCGCCCACCUCUGUGCUGAGUGGGUCGUGGCCCAACGUGAACUCCCCCUCGUUUGCCGUGUUUUUCGCCGACGAGGAUCUCCAGGCGCUCUGCGGCAGAGGAACUUGGGAUUUCCUGUCUCCCAAUUAGAGACAAACCAGCCACACACGUUUGGCUUCUCCGGGGAAAAAAAGGAGAAAAACUCCCCCUGGUUGGUUUCAAAAUUGAAACCAGUGUGUCUGUUUUUUCCCGCUUUACUCGUCUCUGCACUGACUCUGUGCCAGGGCCGUAAGACUGAUUUAACGCUCUCAUUUCUUUAACCCCCAUUUCCCCUACCUAAUCCAGUCUGCAGAGACCCCAUCUCGUUUUAUGCGAGAAUCUAAAAAGAAAGAAAGCUAGCAUGUACGGUAUACGAGAGCCAAGCAGAGAAUGAGGGAAAAGAGAGAGUGACUGUAAGGGGUGGAGAGGGAAACGGCAUUAGAGCUGACGGUGACAUUUACCUCCCUGUGAAACGGCAACUACAGUAGCUCUGUUCAGCUCUCACACGGACGGUUAUGUCAUAUUGUCAUGUCGAGCAUUUAGUUUACGUGACUGCAUGAUUCAGUCUCUGGGCGAGCCCUGUAUGGAAACUGGAGAGAGCUUGGACACUGCGAUGGCUCUGUGCAAGCAGCUGAGGCCUCUAUUUUUUUCCUGUCUGCAUUUCUUUUUAAGCAGUUGUCAGUUGCUUUGAAUAGUUGAGAUUAUCAGUGAGAUUUUAAGUAUUGUGCGACUGGGAUUUUUGCAACUACUUAAAUUGCACUCCUCUUUUGUGCUUUUGUUUAAUAAUACCAUUUUGUGUUUGUGCUGUUGCUGUACACAUUCCUGCCUUGUGUCAAUAUUACUAUAUAACUUUAUACUGUCCAAUUGCAAGUGUAAGGACAAUGUUGAAGUGGCAUAAUAAAAUGUCCUGGUCAAACUUCA